CUCAACACUACACACACCCCUGAGGAGAUCCGAGCUGGAAGCUGGAAUACGACGUUUGUUGUUGUUUGUUGUUACCAAUAAUAGUUAUUAACAAUAUGAUAAUAACGUGUGAUGAAGAGCAGCUGUGUGACUGACGUGAAGCUGAGGUGCGCGAGCCAUCCACGAGCUGCGCGCGCGCGCGCGAGAGAGAGAAAAAAACAGAUAGAAAAGAAAGAAAAGAAAGAGCAGUGCGGCUCGCGCGCGGACUCAAAGUUCAGUCAGUGUGAGGUGGGAGAGAUGAGAUGAGAGACUGAGACACGACAUCUGUACAGGUGAUUAACAUAGUCGACGUCGGUCUCCCGUGAGCUGCUGCUGGAAUGGACAUGAAGGAGAGGCGGCAGCGCUCUCUGACACGAGGCAGGUGCAGGAAAGAGCCUCACUACGUCACGUCGUCCAUGGACGCAGACGAGCGCCACGUAAACCCGCAGAAAAGCUACAGCUCCAGCGAGACGCUUAAAGCCUACGAGCAGGAAGCACGGAUGCACUACGGGCCUGAAUCGGUAGAAUACGUCAGGCAAGGAAGCCUGACCCUGGCAGAGCUGGGUGUGUGUGAGCCUCAGCAGCAGAGUGUGUAUUGUUCAGACCUAGGCCUGGUGCAGCAGGGAUACUCUCUGAGCGCCGGCUACGAUGCCGACUCUGAUCCCGAAGGCCUGAUGACGCCGGAGCGUGCCGUCCAGAUCUGGAGAGGUCAGGGCCUCAAGUCACACCACAGCUCGGGCUUGUCCAGUCCUGACCAGUCAGCACUCACCCUCACCGACUCGGAAAACGAACACAAAACCGACGACGAGUCAGGUCGUCCCCUCCCUCCCACUCCAUCCUCCAGCCUGCUCCCUCCUGCCCCUCCUCCUCCUCCGUCAGGCCCUCACCCCUCCAGCGCUCCCUCUUUCCGGGAGUGUCAGAUGCCCCUGCUGGACAGCGGCUCUCCUCACGCCAUGCUGGAGCCGCCCGCCGAGGACGAAUUCUCCCCCAACUCUUACCUGCUCCGAGCUCAGGCUUCUAACAUCGCCGCCGCCGCCGCCGCCGCAGGUCCGUCCAGUCAUCACAGCCAGACGGCCCCACGUCCUCCUCUGCCCCCUGCACACAACCACCACCAGACAUCAGCAAACUCUCUGAACUGCAGUGGUCAUGGCAGCCGUCGCGCCCCGCAGAGCCACGUGCCCACCGCUGCGCCCGCUGACGGCCCGUCCACCCCGGAGUCGGUGCAGCUCCAGGAGAGUUGGGCUCUUAACAGCAGUGUGCCACUCGAGACACGGCACUUCCUGUUCAAGACUCCAUCUGGAAGCACUCCUCUGUUCAGCAGUUCUUCUCCAGGUUACCCCCUUACCGGGGGUUCUGUCUACUCGCCACCACCGCGCCUCUUGCCGAGGAACACCUUUUCCAGGAGCUCCUUCAAACUCAAAAAGCCCUCCAAGUACUGUAGCUGGAAAUGUGCUGCCAUGUCCGCCAUCGUCGCUGCCGUCCUGCUCGCCGUGCUGCUCUCCUACUUCAUUGCUCUCAAUCUGCUCGGACUGAACUGGCGUCUGAAGCCAACCAACGGGCAUCUCGUCAGCACCGGCCUCAGCACCGGCAUCCCCAGCACCGGAGACGUAGCAACGGUGCCCUCCGGAGGCAGAGGGCCAUGGCUGUUGAGGAACAGCAGUAUCAACAGUGGCGAGCUGGAGGUGGGACGGCGAGUGAGUCAGGAGGUUCCUCCUGGUGUCUUCUGGAGGUCUUUGCUCCACUUGCGCCAGGCUCACUUCCUAAAGUUUAACAUCUCUCUGGGGAAGGAUGCGCUGUUCGGGGUGUACAUGCGAAAAGGCCUGCCUCCAUCUCACGCCCAGUAUGAUUAUAUGGAGCGUUUGGAUGGGAAGGAGAAGUGGAGUGUGGUGGAGUCUCCUCGGGAGAGGCGCAGUAUUCAGACUGUGGUGCAGAACGAGGCUAUCUUUGUGCAGUAUCUGGACUCGGGCACAUGGCAUCUUGCUUUCUAUAAUGACGGCAAGGAGAAAGAGCCUGUCUCCUUCAGCACGGUGGCUCUGGAUUCUGUGCAAGAGUGUCCGCAGAACUGCCAUGGCAACGGAGAGUGCACAUCAGGAGUGUGCCACUGCUUCCCUGGUUUCCACGGGGUGGACUGCUCCAAAGCGGCGUGCCCUGUGUUGUGCAGUGGUAACGGACAGUACAGUAAGGGAGUGUGCGUGUGCUACAGCGGCUGGAAGGGGCUGGAGUGUGAUGUCCUGACGGCGCAGUGCAUCGACCCCGAGUGCGGCGGCCACGGCACCUGCAGCCAUGGCACCUGCACCUGCGCGGCCGGAUACCGCGGCGAGAACUGUGAGGAAGUGGAUUGUUUGGAUCCGACGUGUUCCGGUCACGGGACCUGUAUCUCAGGUCAGUGUCUGUGUAAGCCGGGCUGGACCGGGCCCCUGUGUGACGUCCCCAGGUCUCAGUGUCCCGAGCAGUGCCACGGCCACGGAGUGUACAGCACAGAAACGGGUCUCUGUACCUGCGAGCCCAACUGGAUGGGUCCGGACUGCUCCACGGAGGUGUGUUCUGCAGACUGCGGGAGCCACGGUGUGUGUGUGGGUGGUGUGUGUCACUGUGAGGAGGGCUGGGCAGGUGCUGGAUGUGAUCAGAGGCUCUGUAACCCGCUGUGUGUGAAACAUGGCACCUGUAGAGAUGGCAAGUGCCAGUGCGAGCAGGGCUGGAAUGGCGAGCACUGCACCAUUGACGGAUGUCCGGGCCUGUGCAAUGGUAACGGCCAGUGCAUCAUGGGUCAGAACAGUUGGCGCUGUGAAUGCCACACUGGCUGGCGGGGAACAGGCUGCAGCGUUGCCAUGGAGAUCUCCUGCAACGACAACAAAGACAACGAAGGAGAUGGCCUGGUUGACUGCAUGGAUCCAGACUGCUGUUCUCAGAGCCCCUGCCUGAGCAACCCGCUGUGCCGCGGAUCACGUGACCCGCUCCAGAUCAUUCAGCAAAGCCAAUCAGCCGGCAAGCACGUCGGCUCCUUCUACGACAGGAUCAAGCUGCUGGUGGGAAGAGACGGUACUCACAUCGUACAAGGAAGUAAUCCGUUCAACGCCAGCCUGGCGUCUCUGAUUCGAGGCCAGGUCCUGACAUCUGAUGGUACUCCUCUGGUGGGCGUCAACGUGAGUUUCUUGAACUACCCACAUUACGGAUACACCAUGACUCGUCAGGACGGCAUGUUUGACCUGGUGGCUAACGGCGGCGCGUCUCUUACUCUGCGCUUUGAGCGAGCUCCGUUCCUGAAGCAGGAGCGCACCGUGUGGUUGCCGUGGAACCGCAUCUACAACAUGGACACGCUGGUCAUGAAGACGCAGGAGAUCAGCAUCCCAGUCUGUGACCUGAGCGGCUUUGUCAGACCCGAUCCUGUGCUCGUGCCUUCCCCUCUAUCUUCCUUCUUUAGCUCCAACCCCACAGACAAGCACAUUAUACCUGAAAGCCAGGUUCUUCAUGAACAAGUGGAAAUCCCAGGCACCAGUCUGAAUCUGUGCUAUCUGAGCUCGAGGGCAUCAGGAUAUCAUGCCCUGCUCAAAGUAACCAUGACCACCGCCCAGGUGCCCGUGAGCCUGGCCAAGGUGCAUCUGAUGGUAGCCAUGGAGGGUCACCUGUUUCAGAAGUGGUUCCACGCCUCACCCAACCUGGCCUUUACUUACAUUUGGGACAAAACUGAUGCCUACAGGCAGAGAGUGUACGGCCUGGCUGAGGCUGUGGGUAUUCUUCAUAAAGGCUCUGGGGAGAACAUAUUCAUAUCUGAGCAGCAGCCUCAAGUCAUCAGCAGCAUCAUGGGAAACGGGCGGAGGCGCAGCAUCUCCUGCCCCAGCUGCAGCGGCCUGGCCGAGGGCAACAAGCUGCUGGCACCAAUGGCCCUGGCGUGCGACGGAGAGGGCAACGUGUACGUGGGUGACUUUAACUUCAUCAGGAGGGUUUACCCUUCUCUCAACACCACAGCCAUUCUGGAGAUGCGAAAUAAAGAUUUGCGACACAGCAACAGCCCGAGCCAUAAGUACUACCUGGCAGUGGAUCCGGUCUCAGGAGCUCUGCUUCUGUCAGACACCAACUCCAGACAGAUCUACCGUGUGCGCUCGCUGAGCGCUUCCCGCCCACUCAUGGAUAACACUCAGGUGGUGGCAGGCACAGGCGAGCAGUGUGUGCCCUUUGACGAGGCACGGUGUGGCGACGGGGGCAAAGCCGUAGAGGCCACGCUGAUGAGCCCCAGAGGCAUUGCUGUGGAUAAGAACGGGCUCAUGUACUUCGUGGACGCCACCAUGAUCCGUAAGGUGGAUCAGAAUGGCAUCAUUUCUACUCUGAUAAAAACCAACGAUUUGACCGCAGUCAGGCCUCUGAGCUGUGACACCAGCAUGGACGUCAGUCAGGUGCGCUUGGAGUGGCCCACUGACCUGGCCGUCAACCCCAUAGACAACUCGCUGUAUGUGCUAGAGAACAAUGUUGUCCUGCGAAUCACAGAGAGCCAGCAGGUAAGCAUCGUGGCUGGCCGGCCCAUGCACUGCCAGGUUCCAGGUAUCGACUACUCCCUCAGCAAGCUGGCCAUCCACUCAGCUCUGGAGAGCGCAACAGCCAUUGCUGUCUCUCAUUCCGGUGUGCUCUACAUCGCAGAGAGUGAUGAGAAGAAAAUAAACCGCGUGAGGCAGGUCAGCGCUGACGGCGAGAUCUCACUGCUGGCUGGCGCUUCAUCCGAGUGUGAUUGUAAGAACGACGUCAACUGUAACUGCUAUUCUGGCGAUGACAGUUACGCAGCCGACGCCAACCUUAACACGCCCGCCUCAAUGGCAGUGUCACCUGAUGGCACACUCUACAUCGCUGAUCUAAACAACAUCCGUGUACGAGCGGUGCGUGUCAACCGGCCAGGCCUGAACCCCAUAGGUCAGUACGAGCUGGGGUCAGCCUUGGAGCAGGAGCUGUAUGUGUUCAGUGAAGAUGGUCUGCACAGGCAAACGCUCAGUCUCAUCACAGGCCUCCCGCUAUAUAACUUCAGCUACGGAGUGGACGGAGAACUCGUCUCGGUCACGGAUAGCUCCAACAACACUCUAAAGAUCAGGAGAGAGGCAGGUGGAGUGGUACGGCUGUUACUGCUGCCUGAGAACCAGGUGGUGACAUUGGGAAUGGAUGCAACCGGAAACCUGCGCUCCGUUUCUGCCCUCAACCAGGACGUCGCGCUGCUCAGUUACACCACCAACACCGAGCUGCUCGCCUCAAAAGCUGAGGAGUCCGGCUGGACCAACUUCUACAACUACGACGGCGAGGGUCGCUUAACAAACGUCUCCUACCCCACCGGCAUGGUGACGAGUCUGCACCGUGAGAUGGAACAGUCCAUCAACAUCGACAUGGAGAGCUCUAACAGGGAUGAUGAUGUCACUAUUAUCACCAACCUGUCCUCAGUGGAGGCAUCGUACACUGUGCUUCAAGAUCAAGUUCGCAAUAGCUAUCAGAUGUACUACAAUGGCACCCUGAGGGUCUCAUAUGCCAACGGCAUGGGACUCAGCUUCCACACUGAACCUCAUGUCCUGGCAGGCUCGGUCACGCCGACUAUUGGGAGGCGCAACAUUUCUCUGCCGACAGACAGUGGACUCAACUCUAUUGAGUGGAGGAUGAGGAAAGAGUUGACCAAAGGCAAAAUCACUGUGUUCGGAAGAAAACUACGCGCUCAUGGCAGGAAUCUGCUUUCCAUCGAUUACGACCGCAACACGAGAACAGAGAAGGUGUAUGACGAUCACCGCAAGUUCACGCUACGCAUCAUUUACGACGCUCAGGGCCGGCCUGCCACCUGGCUCCCCAGUAGCAGUCUGGCACUGGUCAACGUGUCCUACUCACCCACUGGCCGUCUGGUGGGCUUACAGAGGGGCAGCAUGAGUGAGAAGAGUGAGUUUGACACUUUUGGACGCAUCCUAUCCCGCACCUUUGUGGAUGGGAAAGUGUGGAGCUUCAGCUAUGUUGAUAAGUCCAUGGUGCUGCUGCUGCAGCAGAGUCAGAAGCAGUACGUCUUUGAUUUCGAUAGCUCUGGUAGGCUUACAGCGGUCACCAUGCCCAGCAUGGCCAGACACACCAUGUCCACCCAUGUCUCUGUAGGCUACAUCCGUAACAUCUACAACCCUCCCGAAAGCAAUGCCACAAUCAUCCAUGACUUCAGUGAGGAUGGCCUUCCUCGGGCCACUUUCUACCUGGGAACAGGUCGUCGUGUGCUUUACAAGUAUGGAAAACUAGCCAAGCUCUCCGAAGUACUAUACGACUCAACUGCAGUUACUUUCGGCUACGACGAAACAGCUGGGGUCCUCAAAAUGGUGAAUUUGCAAAGUGGUGGCUUCUCCUGUACCAUCCGCUACCGCAAGCUCGGCCCCUUGGUGGACAAACAGAUGUACCGCUUCUCAGAGGAGGGGAUGGUCAAUGCCCGCUUCGAUUACACAUACCACGACAACAGUUUCCGUGUGGCCAGCAUAAAGCCGGUGAUCGGAGAGACUCCGCUUCCUGUGGAUCUUUACCGCUAUGAUGAGAUCUCCGGCAAGGUAGAGCACUUUGGCAAAUUUGGCAUCAUCUACUAUGACAUUAACCAAAUCAUCACCACAGCCGUGAUGACACUCAGCAAACACUUCGAUGCUCAUGGGCGCAUAAAAGAGGUGCAGUACGAGAUCUUUCGCUCUCUUAUGUACUGGAUGACGGUGCAGUAUGACAGCAUGGGGCGUGUGAUCAAGCGUGAGCUUAAAAUCGGGCCGUAUGCCAACACUACACAGUAUCGCUAUGAGUAUGACGGUGAUGGGCAGCUUGUUGGCGUUAAGGUAAAUGAUUGGUCCAUGUGGCGCUAUAGCUAUGACCUGAAUGGCAACUUGCACUUGCUGAACCCUGGAAACAGUGCCCGGCUGCUGCCACUGCGCUAUGACCUGCGUGACCGCAUCACACGCCUUGGGGACAUGCAGUACAAGCUGGAUGAAGAUGGUUUUCUCAGCCAGAGGGGCUCUGAUUUCUUUGAGUACAAUUCCAAAGGCUUGUUAGUGCGAGCUUAUAGCCAUACAGCGGAUGGCUGGAGCGUUCAGUAUCACUAUGAUGGCCUCGGGCGCCGUGUGUCACGUCGCACGUCAGCUGGUGAGCACCAGCAAUACUUCUAUGCUGACCUCAAUCACCCAAGCCGGGUCAGCCACAUCUAUAACCAUUCUAGGGCUGAGAUCACUUCCUUCUACUACGACCUCCAGGGCCACCUGUUCGCCAUGGAGGUGAAUGGCGGCGAGGAGUACUAUAUUGCUUCAGACAACACGGGUACUCCACUGGCUGUCUUUAGCAGCAAUGGGCAAAUGGUUAAGCAGCUGCAGUACACAGCGUAUGGCGAGAUAUACCAUGACUCCAACCCAGAUUUCCAGCUUGUGCUUGGCUUCCAUGGAGGACUGUAUGACCCUCUAACGAAGCUGGUGCACUUUACCCAAAAAGACUAUGAUGUUUUAGCAGGCCGCUGGACCUCACCUGACCACACGCUCUGGGCGAGGAUAGGCAAAGAGCCAGCACCAUUCAACUUAUACAUGUUCAAGAACAAUAAUCCCCUCAGUGACAUGAUUGACGUUAAGAACUAUGUGACAGACGUGAAGAGCUGGCUGGUCAUGUUUGGUUUCCAGCUCAGCAACAUCAUACCUGGGUUCCCUAGGCAUCCAUUAUAUUUUGUUGACCCACCAUAUGAAUUGCUUGCCAGUCAGGACUGUGACAAUGCCCAGCUGUUCACGGGAGUGCAGCAUUCAGUGGAGAGACACAACAAGGCAUUUAUGGCCCUGGAGGGAAGGCAGCUCAACAAACAUUGGCGUGUUAAACGAGACAAGCCUGGCUACUGGUUUGGCACCAGCACACCCGUUGUGGGAAAAGGCAUGAUGCUGGCUAUCAGGGAGGGGCACAUUAUGGCAUCCGUGACAAGUGCGGCCACCGAGGGCAGCCGCAAGAUUGCACAGGUGCUCACUGGCGCCAUCUACCUUGAAGGCAUGCACUACACCAUAGAAAGGCGUGACUGGCACUUCUUUGUGAAGCUUGGGCUACCUGAUGGUGACCUCUUGGCCCUGGGGAUCAGUGGUGGGCACAGGACACUGGAGAGCGGAGUCAACGUGACGGUAAGCGGCCGGUCACGCCGUGGUGUCACUGUGGAGAUUCACACUCCGGCAUUAGUGUUUAGCGUUCGAUACGGACUUGGCAUCGAGCUACUGGAAAAAGAGCGAUCUCGUGUGCUGGAGCAAGCGCAGCAGAGGGCGGUGGCUCGAGCCUGGGCCAUGGAGCAGCACCAGGUACAAGAGGGCAGGGAUGUGAGCCGAGCAUGGAGUGAAAGUGAGAAGCAGCAGCUCCUAGCAGUUGGGAAAGUCCCAGGCUAUGAGGGCUACUACAUACUCCCGGUGGAGCAGUAUCCUGAACUAGCAGACAGCAGGGCUAACAUCCAGUUCCUCAAACAGAAUGAGAUGGGAAAGAGGUAACAGAACCAGGCUGCUGCAGCAAUCAUUUCCUCAUCUCCCACGGACAGAGGAACCAAAUCCAGAAAGAGCUGCCAGCAGUUUCCACAAAGACUUCAACCACCUUGGAGAAGCUACAGCAUGCAGCCAAAAUUGGAUUGGAUAAAGACUUGUAAAACUUGUUGGGUUUUUUUUUUUUUUUUUGUAAGAAAAUGUUAGACUUUUUAAGAAAUGUCACAGCUUUUUAGACCAUUUUGGGCUUAGUGAUGGCAAGCCUAACAUCCAUAUGAAGGUACCUUUCGAGAACAGGAAGCAGAUAACAAACAAGCAGAAAGUGAGUCACUGUCUCAGGCCUCAAAAUAUGAUUGUCACUUAAGCCAUCACUUGCCAGUAUAUGUAUUAAAGCUGUGGAUGAUAAACGCCACUGGAUUCCUUCUGAAGAUUUCUGCAAAAGGAACUUUGACACGUGUCUCAUUUCAGUCUCUUGUCCUUUCCCACAGGAUUUGACUUGUACUAGAAGACAGUUGCGGUACUCAUUGGAGUACACGUCAAGCGAGUCUUGAGAUCUCUGUCCUUUUACAUUUGCACUAUAAGACAAUCACGAGGAGAUUUUCGCUGCCGAGCAUGAAUCUCCAUAAAGAUUGAUCUUUUUAUUUACCCUUUGUAUAAUAUGUAAAACUCCAUUAAGAUUUUUCUUUUAUUUUAAUUUGCAGCCAAGCAAAGAAAUUAUAGAAAAGUAAUAUAUUGUGUCUUUUGUUUAUACUUUAAAUUAUGUCUUUGAAACUGUGAAAUACAUAUUAAUCUUAUACUAUAUGUAAAACUGUCAGUGAGUAGGAGGACGGGAUUAAAACCCAGCGUGUACAUUUAUUUAAGGAAGUGACUUUAUCUUUUGGGGGGGGAAAUCCAUGUCAAGGAAGAUCCACGAUAAACAGUUCAUGUGACAUUGUAAGGUUUUUCUAAUUGAGUUCUCUUAUUGUUGCUGUACCAGAAUCUCUUCUCUCUGCCUGUGAAAUACAGUAAACGUCAAGAUUUAUGGCAAAUGUAAAAAUACGCUCGGACACUAAGGGACAGAGAUGGUCUUUGGGAAUUUGGAAAUAAACCAUUCCAUUUUUACACUUUAAUUGUGCUUUUCCUCUCAUCAGAGCCAAAUAAAUGUAUUUUGUAAGUUUAUGUUCUUAAUUACAUCCAAUUAAAGAACCAGUUAUGCACAGUUGAGAAUAUGAU